AUGCAAAACAACGGUAUUCCAAGAGUGUCAACACUACCAUCAAAACCGGAACUAAGAGAAGAUUUGCAGAUAUCACGUAAGAUUUCCAUGAACGACACCAUGAGGACCCCUCAAAUGAUCAUUGGCGACGGUUCCGUUUUGAAGAUGGAUCAACUUUUGACCUUAGAUUUCGAUGAUCAUCAAUCAAAUGCUUUACUAUUUAUAACAUCUCACCCGUCUAAAUGCGAUGAGUGCGAACAACGACCUGGUCAAGUGACCUGUAAUGAUUGCGGUCUAGUCUAUUGUGCCGAAUGUGACACUCAUAGACACCGUAAAGGGAAACUGCAAUUGCAUCAGCGAAAGACACUAGCACAAAAGCAAAUUGAAAGUCCAGAACUUGAAGAACUUGAGGAGGAACGGGAGAAAUGUAUUGCCAAGUGGAAAACCUGUGACGUGUGUGACUGGCUACAAGCUCACGACUUGGAUUUGUUUGUGAAAGAAGCACAACGACAAGGACUUACUGGAGAAAGUCUAUUGGCUUCAAAUGGACUAGACAAGCUCUUGGAUGCUUUAACGGGUGUUAGUCGUGGGCACAAGAAAAAGUUGCAGAGAGAAGUUUACAAGCUUCAGAAUUCAAUCGAACGCUCGUUAACUUUUGAGGACGAAGUAUUACCUGAACCUGCACCUUCACCACCGAUAGAUCCAGACAAGAGUUCAAUGCAACGUGUCAAACUUGAUAUCCGCGGUGCUGUUGAGUCAAUGGUAACGUUACCAGCUCGGCAACUUGCGCCAGAAUUGAAUCCGUUAGGAUUUAGCCCAUUGAAGAUUGACUUGGAUGAAGAUGAUCGUGUAGCAAGUAUAGCUCCCAAGCGGAGCAGAGGUGGGAGACAGACUUUACGUGCGCUAGAACUGGAUAUUGCACAGGUAAAAAAGGAGGAGAAGACAGUAGCUGCGUCUUUUGAUUUCUCGGCAACAGGAAGACUGCAGACCCAAGGUUUUGAGAUUAAUACACGUGGUAUGGCUAACGUGCCUUUUGCAAGCCCCCAGCAGUGCGAAGCACAUGGAAAGAAGUCUGCAUCAACGGCAAAUACAGUCAGUACGAAAGACUACUUGCUGCUGCUUGAGGAACUUGGCCAUGGAGCUGGUGGAAAAGUGUACAAGGCGCUGUAUAUGCCAACGUUCAUGCUGGUUGCUGUAAAGGUCAUUCGUGUCUACGACCAGAAGAAGCGUCAUCAAAUGGUGCGUGAACUCAAGUCAUUAUACGUGAAUUUUGUGCCGCUGGCUACUGCCACUUUGCCGUCUACUUUUGCUGCAACAUCAUCCGUUGCACAAGCAGCAUGCAAAGAGCUUGUAGUCUUUUACGACGCGUACACAAAUCCUGAGGUUGGUUCCGUAUCGAUUGUUUUGGAGUACAUGGAUGGAGGUUCUCUGGAAGAUUAUGUACAGUCUGUUACCGAAGGCGAUGAAGAGAACGCGGGUUGCUUGUCCGAAGAGAAGAUUGCGAAUAUUGCGAUGUGCGGAUUGAAAGGUCUUGCUUUCUUGCAUGAGCAUCACCAGCUACAUCGAGAUAUCAAGCUUAGCAACAUGCUGAUAAACCACCAAGGUCAAGUCAAGAUAUCGGAUUUCGGUAUUUCACGCGACCUCGAGAGUACUUUGGCCAAGGCAACGACAUUCACGGGCACACUUUUGUACAUGGCACCUGAAAGAAUCAGUGGGGGUAUGUACUCGUAUCCUUCCGACCUCUGGUCUUUUGGGCUAGCAAUCAUGGCUUGUGUUAUCGGAAAGCUUCCUGUCCCGACCAGCGACGGCUACUGGGGUGUGGUUCACGCUGUGCAAGAGCAACCUUCACCGCGGCUUCAGGACUAUGGCGACCACUUUUCCCCGGAGUUGUGCGAUUUUCUCGACCAGUGCUUGCACAAAAACCCGCUAUAUCGACCUCCUGCUGCUACCCUCCUUGAGCAUCCGUUCAUUAAGAAGAAUUACUUGCCAAGCGAGCAAGCAACCGUUGAUUUGAGUCGAGGCCGACAGCCUCUAACAACAAAGCUACUUGAGCGCAGUCGCAAAGACAUGAUAAGCAUUGCCGUGAAGGCUCAAAGCUGGUGUCGAGACCAUGUCAAUGCUUUUCGACGACUUUCGUACAUCAAUGAGGGAACGGAGGUACAAAGCACUUCCAGCCAGAGCAAGAUCGAGGCUCUAGCCAAACAGCUGCGCCUACCAGUCGACGAAGUGGCGCCACACUUUACGUUCCUAGAUGAGUAUUGCAAAUGA